AUUCCUUUUCGAGCUUGCCCUCUUAUAGGCUGCUCCCAGCCCCCCUAAGGCCCUAACCCACCCCCAUUGAGAUAGGAGGGAGCAUUAUAUAUAUAUAUGCAUGUAUUCCAUACCCGGCCGGUCAUUCAACUGGAGGACAUAAUAACACAGAUGAAAGGCCAAGAGGCAAAGACGGAAGGCCAAAUGGGAGGCACGGCGGGGGAGGUGGCCGUAGUUAUGGUGCCUCUCCCGGCACAAGGCAAUCUCAACCUCCUCCUCCACCUCUCCCGCCUCAUCGCCUCCCACGACGUCCCCGUGUACUACACCGGAGCCGCCACUCACAUCCGCCAGGCCCAACACAGACUACAAGGAUGGUCCCCUCACUCCGUCUCCACACUCCAUUUCCAUGCAUUCCCAACGCCUUCUUUCGACUCCCCCGACCCCGACCCCACCCUCAGGUCACCCGCCCACCUGCUGCCCUCAUUCCGCGCUGCCUUACUCCUCCGCGAGCCCCUCCGCGAGUUCCUAAUGGACCUCUCCCGAACUGCGCGGAGGGUCGUCGUGAUUUAUGACUUCUGGAUGGCUUGGAACGUCCAAGACGUCCCGAGCGUGCCGAACACGGAGUCUUACGCCUUCCGGAGCACAUCCGCCUUGUCCACCUUGUCCUUCAACUGGGAGAUGAUGAAGAAAGAGAAGCUUUCUCCACUCCCUCCAGAAGUCUCACAAGUACUCAAACACCUCCCUGAUUUAGAUUCAUCCAGUAGUAGUACCCAAGAAGUAAGCGAACUUGACAAGUUACAACUUGAAGCUCCGCAGUUCAACUCUGGAACAAUUUUCAAUACUUGCGAAGUACUUGAAGGUACAUUUCUAGACUUGUUGGCAACUGAUGAUCGGUUGAUGGGCCCGAUGCAGUGGGCCAUCGGGCCUUUCAAUCCGAUCAUCCUGCAAUGUGCAGCGGCGGCGGCUGCAGAGAGUAGCCGCCACCCGUGCCUGUCCUGGCUGGACCAACAAGAAAAGAACUCGGUGAUCUUCGUCUCCUUCGGGUCAACCAUCACAUUGCCGCAGGAGCAAAUCAAUGAGAUCGCGGUCGGGUUGGAGAAAAGCGGGCACAAGUUCAUUUGGGCGGCGAGAGAGGCGGAUAAAGGGGACAUUUUCGCCGGGGAGGAAAAGAGGGUGGCCCUGCCGGAUGGAUACGAGGAGGAGAUAAAGGGCAAGGGAAUGGCGGUGAGAGAUUGGGUCCCGCAGCUGGAGAUUCUGGCACACCCUUCUACGGGCGGGUUCUUGAGCCACUGCGGGUGGAAUUCUUGCGUGGAAGCCAUUUCAAUGGGAGUCCCGAUUGCCGCCUGGCCGGUGCACUCCGACCAGCCACGGAACGCCGCUCUGAUCACGGAGGUGCUGAAGGUUGGUUUUGAGGUGGACGGCGGCGGUUGUGGCGGCCGCGGAGUGGUGAGGUCGGGGAGAAUCAGGGAGGCUGUUUUGAGAUUGAUGGGAUGUACCGAAGGAGAUGAGAUGAGAAGAAGAGCUGAAGAACUGAGCCGCGCCGUGAAACUCUCGGUGUUAGAUAGAGGAGGUGCCUCCAGGAAAGAAAUGGACUCUUUCCUUUCUCACAUAACUCGAGAGUAGACACUUCUCACAACCAUGUUACUCCAUUAAGACUUAAAAUUUUUAAUCUUUUUAAAUGAUUUUAUUUACAAAUUGAUUCAUCAAUAAAAAAAUAAAAUUACAUAUUAAAAAUUAUAUCAAAAUUUUACAACAUAAGAGGUGACAAUGAUAUUUUACUUUAUCAAAUAAUCAAUGAAAAUAUAUAAACAAAAAAAGUUAUUGAGAAAAGAGAGCAAAUAAAAUUAUAAUCAAAAUAGGGACAGAGG